GGACCCUCUCCGCACGCCCGGGUUCUCACCCGCUGCCCGCCCGUAGUGAGGCAGGCUCUGGUGCUGUUGCCAGCCCGGGGAGCAGGAAGAGCCUCUCCCUGGCGGGGAAGGUGUCGGCAGGCGCGCACAAGCCUCACAGAGGUUCCCGCAGAAGCAUCCCAGGAUGGCACCUCUGGAUCGGUGCAGUAUUCUGGUGUUCCUGCAUCUCCUCCUCUGUAGAGUAAUGGCAGUGCUCAACUUUCCGGCCUUUAUUUUAAAAUUGGACUAGUCCUGCUGCUUUUUCUGGUCUUCUGACUUCUAGCUGCCUUCUUUACCAACCUGUUCUCUGCUGGGGUGGGCACGUCCAAGAGAGUGAAUUUUCAGUUUGAAGUCUGCUCCCUGCCUUGCUCGAAACUCCUCAUUGCAUAGCUCAAAGCCCUGCUGGCUUUGUAUUUAUGCUGGUUAUGUGGCUACUCUUUGAGCUGGAGAUCUCAGCAGGCAUAAGAUAAAUAUGCUUCUGUGGGGAAUGCAGGGCCUCUGGCCCUUGUCGUCAGACCUGAGCAUGUGUUGUUACUUGUCAGAACUGCCAAUCCAAACAUGGUAUCUUCUGCCUGAAGAUCUCCUCUCCAUGCUGGUCAAGUUGCACACUUCUUCUCAUCUCUUGCACAUAUGGGUGCUUCUGAGCUUUGAGAAAUAACUGCUUGUCAGACUGGUUCCUGUGUCUCUGCAGGCCUCAUUGGGCUUGCUACCCAAGGCAUCUGUCAGUUGUCCUCUAUAUGAGGAGAGGUUAACCAAUUUCUUCUGGGCUGAGGUCCAGCACUCCCUGUAAAACAUGUCUGAGCAUGUGGGUUGUGCAGCUCUGAACUGGGGUUUCACCACACUCUCUUUCCCUGUUUUUCUGGUCCCAGGGACUUAAUCUGGCUUCUUCUCCACCUGUGUUGGUCCCAGGCAGGAAUGGGGCCCCAGGACUUUGUGGGAACUGAAGAUCUUUUGUUGCCUGAAGAUCCUCUGCCUGAGGAAGAUUCUUGGAGUUUGAGGCUGGCUCUUCUGGAUGCUAGAGCUCUUCUGCCAGAUUUUCCCCUCUACUGGGUGGGAGUCUUUUUGCUCAUUAUCUUCUGUGCAUACAGUGUUCCAAGGAAAAGGCACUGUACCUGAGGAUAACAUCAGCCUUACUGGAGGCCUUUGGGUGCCUGGAAUCAGGAACAUCCUUUGCGAGGAAGCAGCCUAUGAGGAGCGGCGUUACCCAGCUGGGAAGUGGGCGUGUGUCACCAAGGGGGAGCCCAUGUAUGAGCAGAGCAUCUCCAUGAGCUUCAUGAAGCUCAUGCGCUACAUCUGCAAAGAGAACUCAGUAGGUUGCUAUCUGGGCAUGACAGUCCCAGUGCUCAACGAAAUCCACCUGACCAAAGAUGAGACUGAGCUGGAGCGUGAGGUCAUAACUGCCUAUUAUCUCCCAGGAGAGUUCCAGCAAAAUCCUCCUGUUCCCAUGGACCCUGAAAUCCACAUCACUGAGAGGGCACCGCUCCGGGUUAUAACCAGGGUUUUCUAUGGGAUGACCACUGAAGAGACAAUUCUGCGGGAGAUCAAUCUCUUCUGGGAGCUCUUGGGCUCCACAGACACUGUGCUCAGGGAAACCUACAUUGUGGCUUCUUAUGAAAAUCCCAGCAUCCCUCAGCGCCGCAAUGAGAUCUGGUUCAUCUGCCGAGCAGAGUGAGUCCCCUCUGUGACCGCAAACCAUCCUGUGACUGGACCUGGUGCAGAUGGCAGUUCUGACCCAAAGGAGAUGGAGCAUGUCCUGACCCACUAUUCACCCACAAAAUGACAUACCAAGAGACUGCGGGGUGGGUUUGCAGCCGGCCCUGCAAGGGUUCUGUCAGGGGAAAUCCUGCCUGAUCUGCACUUCACCUGCCCCCACAGGGGCCAGCUGAGGCUGGAGCUGGCACCAGGGACAAUCUCUGCAGCAAGCUACUGGUGGGAAGCAUGUGGUGGGGGGUCAUUAAGGCAGUAACCAUGUGGGCUUGUGCAAUGUGCUAGCCUGACCUGUGCUCCUCUCAGCUCUGAGCUGGGCUUGCAGAGCUGUGCCAGGUAUGCCAGUGGGGCUUGUGGUUGGCAGAAGCACAAGCUGAUGGUGUCUAG